AUGUCAGACGCUCUUUCUCUGCACAAACUUCGGCUGUCGAUUGCAGCAGUGCUGACACAGGCCCUAUGGACCUCGAAUGAUGCCCUGCGCAGCAGCCAUCGAAAUCCCGCAGGACAAAACAGCUCACUUCAUUGCCUUCAUCGCUUUCAUCGCCUGAAACUCUCACGAGACCGCUGCGUCAACCAUGCUCAAGCAAGGCUCAAGCAAGCAGCGCAGACUCUGGAAAAGCAUAGGCGCGAGCCUUCAUCGCCUUCAUGGCCUGGCAUCACCACCAACCACGGGCACAAAGGCUCGAAUCCCUCAAAUGCCUUUACACCUCCUCCCUCACGAAUGGGUAGCAGCGUUGCACAAAGCAGCAGGCAAGCCUUCAUGGCCUUCAUCGCUUUCAUGGCUUUCAUAGCCUCGCGCACCACGGGCCGACACGCGAAACCCUAA